AUGGCAGUCGAACAGAAACUUUACUAUACACUAAGAGCCCAUGUUGCAUCGAUUACUGAUUUAUGUUGUGUUUAUGGAUUGAAUACUCCACAUUUGUUGUCUAGUGACAGUGAUGGUACAAUUUAUCUAUGGAAUCUGAUUUCGAGAAGACCUGUGGCCCAUGGAAAGAUAUCUGGUCAAGUGGUAUGGAUUGAUUGCUUGAGACCUGGGCUUUACGUUGCAUUGAGCAAGGACAAUACUUUAAGAUUCAUGCGUACUCAGCACAACAAGGAAAUUGUGAAAAUUACCGAGUAUGUCUCUCGCGAGCUGCAGGAGCUGAGGGUAGUGUAUGAGAUUCCCGUUAACAGUUUAAACUUCGCUAAUGUUGCGAUUCAAGAACUCGAUAAUGAGAGGUAUAUGUUGUGGUGCUGUAAUACAAUGGAUUCUGAAUGUAUUGAUAUCUAUGAAUUCAAUCUUUCAAAUGAGCAGUCUUUCAAGAGGGUGUUCCAAGCACUGAAUAUAUAUGAACAAAUUUCGAACAUAAGAGGUGAGAAGAACAUCUUCAAAUUUGAUAAGCUGGGUACUAUAAUGAAGUUUCUAGCGGUGGGGCCAAUGGUUUAUUGUGGGUUUGAAAGUGGGUUUGUGGUUGGAUUGAGAGUGUGUGAUGGGGUUGUCGAUAUUGCUUACGUCUCUCCAGUACACUACCCAGAACCAGUGCUGGGAAUGGUGUAUAAUAAGGAAAAGCAUGUAGUUUUGACCUCUUCUACUAAAAAUAUCAUAGGUAUACAUUGUACAGAAAUGGGUUUUGGUAAAUUAUACGACAAGAUUGACAAUGUACGCAUUAUGAGGGGACUAGAAUAUACUAAAACGUCGUUUAACGUUCCGUUAAAAAAGGUAUCACAUAUAGAUGUCCUGGAUGGUCUACUCCUUCUGGGAAGCUGGACCGGGUAUGUUGUAGCACUGCAAGAAAGUGACAAUGAGGUGGUGUUUAAGAUCAGAAAGGACAAGAAUCAAGUGUACGUUGACGAUUCUUACAUAGGUAAUGCAGAACCUUCAAACAAAGAAAAGCCGUGGACGCCUGUUGGUUGUGUCAUAGGUGUACCAGGUAAUGUUUUUGAUAAAUUGGGGAACAGGAAUUCACUUCGUCCCGGGGAGAUACGCAAAUUGAAUGAAUUUGCUAAGCAUCGAUGGUGUGUUGUUGGUUACGAAGAUGGCACUAUAACCAUUUACCAAGUCUAA